GUUCUGACAGAUACCUCGGAUCUCGCGACGUCUCACGGCUCAGCAGCCGUGACCCCUCGUCCUGGACAGUGGAGGAGGUGAUGCAGUUCAUACGAGAAGCGGAUCCUCAGCUGGGACCCCACGCUGACCUCUUUCGAAAACACGAGAUCGACGGGAAAGCCCUGCUCUUGCUGCGGAGUGACAUGAUGAUGAAGUACAUGGGGCUGAAGCUGGGGCCAGCCCUGAAGCUCAGUUACCACAUUGACAAGCUAAAGCAAGGCAAGUUCUGA